GCGGCCGCACCGCGCCCGCUGUGAUUAGCUCCCGCGGCGCGAGCGGGGAGGCGGACUCUCCCUUAACCCUCUCUGUCUCCCCCUCCUCCUCCUUUUUAAAGGACGCGGUGGAGGCAGAACUGUCAGCAACCGGGAGGCCGUUUGUACUUGGCCGCGGUCAGGCUGACUCCUGCUCCCCUGACAGACAGGGGCGGGGGCUGAGGGGCCGCCCGUGCCGGGGACCCGCACGUGGGCAUCUCACAUUCUCCUGUCUUCCCGCUCCGCGGCGGACGCGGCGAACGCCGCAGGACCAAGCGCUGCGCGGCCGGAGAGUUGCCAGCUCCGGGCGCGAUGGCUCCCGUGAGGAGUGGGGCGGGAGGUGGCCGAGGGCUGAGCACUCCCCUCGCGACCCGAGCGUUAUGAGUCGGGCAGAGGGCGGCACCAGCAGCCCCAGCCGCAACCUCUGCCGGCGCCUUCCGCGGCGCUCGCCAACUUGCCCCCGUGCGCCAUGCCGACCCCCGGCCUGCGGAGCUCGCAGCGCAGCCCUUGCCGGCUCCUUGGCCCCCGCUAACCCUCGCGGGAGUGGCCUCGGCCGCCGGGACAGCAGCCCAGGCCGCGCCCCGGGGGAGGCGGAACCGCGGAGCGCCGGGAGCCUCGGCUCAGCCCUUAGCCCUCCAGCCGCGUCCCCCUCCCGGCCGCCCAGGGCGCCUACGGCGAUGGGGGCGCUGCUGGCGCUCUGCCUCCUCCUGGGCUGGCUGCGCGGGGGCCCGGUGGGCGCCCAACAGUCGGGAGAGUACUGCCACGGCUGGGUGGACGUGCAGGGCAACUAUCACGAGGGCUUCCAGUGCCCGGAGGACUUCGACACGCUGGACGCCACCAUCUGCUGCGGCUCCUGCGCGCUGCGCUACUGCUGCGCGGCGGCCGACGCCAGGCUGGAGCAGGGCGGCUGCACCAAUGACCGCGGCGAGCUGGAGCACCCCGGCAUCACAGCGCAGCCUGUCUACGUUCCCUUUCUGAUCGUUGGCUCCAUCUUCAUUGCCUUCAUCAUCCUGGGCUCUUUAGUGGCUAUUUACUGCUGCACCUGCCUGAGACCCAAGGAGCCCUCGCAGCAGCCCAUCCGCUUCUCGCUGCGCAGCUAUCAGACGGAGACCCUGCCCAUGAUCUUGACCUCCACGAGCCUCAGGGCACCUUCCAGGCAGUCCAGCACAGCCACCAGCUCCAGCUCCACAGGGGGCUCCAUCCGAAGGUUCUCCUUUGCCAGGGCCGAGCCAGGCUGCCUGGUGCCCUCCCCACCCCCGCCUUAUACCACAGGCCACCCAAUCCACCUGACCCAGCCAUCUGGUUUCCUGGUGUCACCCCAGUACUUUGCAUAUCCACUCCAGCAGGAGCCCCCACUGCCCGGGAAGAGCUGUCCAGACUUCAGUUCCAGCUGACAGACCAUGGUCACAAAUCCACCACGUAGUGCAACGGCUGACCGGUGGAUCGCUACUGCCACUGCCACCAGGGUUUCUGAGGAAUGUUCUCUUGAACCCAGCAACAUCGUGAAGGAAAGUGUAAGGAAACUACCGUGCCUUCUGGUCUGGAGGGUCCCGGCUCCAGUCACAGGAGGGCUGUGCUAGAGAAUUGCUUUCUGGCUUUGAAGACAUGGUGACUAUUAUAUUUCAAUUUAUGCUACUUUUAUUCACAAUGUGCAGCAGUCCGACUUUCAAGUUACAGAUUUGGCUGAAGGUGUUUUAUUGGACACUCAACUUAGCAAAGGAUGACAUGUUCUUUUUUUCAUUAUAAGUGGUUUAGUGAGUGAUAACACAAAUAUAUACAUAAAUAAGCAAAGAUUGUAAUUAUCGAAGGGUCACUAAAAUAGUUAACAGCUAAGUAAACGGAGGGGACAGGAACAACCUGUUUACGAUUCGGGGAGCAAUUUAACUGUGAAUAAUAUUAGCAUCAUGAGAACAGUUACUUUUUAAAUUAAUAACUAAAUUUUGUGUAAAAUAUAAGAGCGUUUUCACAAUAGAUUUCAAUGACCACACGAGGGGUUUAGCAUUUUAUUUUUUUGUCUUUUUGCUUUUUUUUUUUUUAGCUAUUUCUUGGGCUGCUCCUGCAGCAUAUGGAGGUUCCCAGGCCAGGGGUUGAAUCGGAGCUAUAGCCACCGGCCUACACCAGAGCCACAGCAAGGCGGGAUCCGAGCCCCGUCUGCGACCUACACCACAGCUCACGGCAAUGCCAGAUUGUUAACCCACUGAGCAAGGGCAGGGACUGAACCCACAACCUCAUGGUUCCUAGUCGGAUUCGUUAACCACUGUACCACGACGGGAACUCCGGGGUUUAGCAUUUUAAAUGUUGACUCAGAUAUUCAUUGGGACAGAGAUCUCAUGUAAAAGCAUUAUCCCACCCACUCAAGGGAAUAUUUAUUGCAGACUUUUUGUUCAGCAGCAUUUAGUGUUUAAAUGAACGUUGGACAUGCAGGUCUUAAAACAUUUAUUUGUAAAAUGAGUUAUGUACAGAUGUAAAGAUUUGUAAUUUAAUGUACUUACCACAUUGACGGUACUAAUUAUUUAGUAGUCACACUGUAAUUUUUCAUGUUAAUAAUAACCAUGGAGUUUGAAGUCCAGCUUUGGCUGUAAUCAUCUAAUAUUACGUGUAAGCGCCACUGAAUUCCGUGUCUGAUGACUAAAUAUCUGGGCAUAUAUCCUGCUGGGUUAGAAUAAAUAAAAUGCUUUAAGUUUUUGUGAAAUCUCUUUGAAAUUUUAGAUCAAAGUGCUUCAUUUUCUCUCCUUAAUGAUACUCUUGGCUGUCCAAUAAAAGGAAAUGUCUUU